UUAGUGAGGACUGUUUUGCUGGUCCUAAAAAGGUUAACCCUGAGUUUGAGGUAAAGAUCUCAAAAUAACUGCGUCAUCAUAAGGUUUAAGUCUGGUUUAGGGUGAGAGGCCUGGGAAAGCAUGAAAGUCAACGUGUGCUCCCCACAAAGAAAUCUGUGUGUGUGCGUGUGUGCACGUGUGUGUGUGUCCUUGAGAGUUAGGAUAUAAGCAUCAGUCAGAAUCAGAUCUGCCAGGAUUUUCGUCAGAGGAAGGGGAGAGCAGAAUCAUCUUCCAAACUGAGGAUGUGCACAGUGUGGUUGUUCGUGGCUGCGCUGGUGGUUGGCGUGGCCAGAGGGGCCAGCAAGUGUUGGGAAGAUCCCAGCUGCCAGGAGCUGAAUUCUGAGAGCAGCAUCAUGCAGUGCCUGAAGCUGUGUCACUCGCUCCCUGAGGAGAUGCCCAUCAUCCCUGGUGAUGCCCACAUGCAAGACCCGCCUCCACCAUUCCUUACCCCUCAAACGAAGCGCUCGUACUCCAUGGAGCACUUUCGUUGGGGGAAGCCUAUGGGCAAAAAACGCCGGCCAGUCAAAGUGUACACCUCCAACGCCGUGGAGGAGGAGUCAACUGAGGUUUUCCCACGAGAGAUGAGGAGGCGGGAUCUGGCUGGAGAGCUGCUAGCAGCGGCAGCCAUGGCAGGGGACGAAGAGUUGGAGGAAGAGGAGCAACGGCUGCUGAAUGAUGACCAGGAGAAGGAAGACAGCACAUAUAAAAUGAAACUCUUCCGCUGGGGGGGGGCUCUGCCCACUAAACGUUACCACGGCCCACCCAGAGCAGACCACCUCGGUGCUCCGCCCGCAGAGAAGCGCUAUGGUGGAUUCAUGAAGAGCUGGGACGCGCCCAGUCAGAGACCACUGCUCACACUCUUCAAGAAUGUCAUCAAUAAAGACAUCGAGUGAAAGUGAAGCAGUGGAGCAGACGUGGCGGUCGGGUGAUAUUUGAUAUCAAA